GCAGAGGAAAGCGCCUCGCUGUGUGUCAACAUCCAGCUCUCUCCGGGGAAACGGCGCUUUAACCUUAUCCAAAACCCGAUGAUCCUUUUUACAACGCGCUUUUUAUUUGGUCACGCUCGGACACAUCGGUUUAGAUCAGUCCAAAGCAAAGAAAAGCGCCUUUGUUGGUUGUAGCUCAGAGUUUAGCUAACGUUUGAAAGCAUGACAUAGUACAAAGUGGAAAUACAGUCUCCAAUUUAUACUAAAUAUCUGGGGACCUGUUAGCUUAGCCGUCUAGCCUUACAUUUCAGAGUGACCGGAGGAAAAAAGCAGAUCCAAACUGCUGACAUGAUGUUUCCUCAAUCCAGACACUCGGCGUCCUCGCAGUCAGGCCAAGCUCUGAAGUUCACCACAUCCGACUCCUGCGACCGCAUCAAGGACGAGUUUCAGUUCCUCCAGGCUCAGUACCACAGUUUGAAGUUAGAGUGUGACAAAUUAGCCUCAGAAAAGUCAGAGAUGCAGCGUCACUACAUCAUGUACUAUGAAAUGUCCUACGGGCUAAACAUUGAAAUGCACAAACAGGCUGAAAUAGUGAAAAGACUGAACGGCAUCUGUGCUCAGGUGCUGCCUUAUCUGUCACAGGAGCACCAGCAGCAGGUCAUGGGCGCCAUCGAGAGGGCCAAACAGGUCACACCUCCAGAGAUGAACUCCAUCAUCCGGCAACAGCUCCAGGUGCAGCAUUUGUCCCAGUUGCAGGGUCUGGCUCUCCCCGUGGCUCCUCUGCCUCUGGGUCUGACUCCGCCCACACUGCCCCCCACCUCCAGCGCCGGCCUCCUCUCUCUCUCCUCCAUCCUCGCCAACUACUCCCACGGAGCGUCCCAGCCGGGCAAAGACGACAAGGGCCGGGACUCCGCAGAGAGACCCCCCCGAGCCGAGGACGGAGACAAGUCCGACUAACGCCACAGAUAGAAACGGGAACGCCGCGGUCUGGAGCGGGGAUGUCAGGAAAUCACAUUUUACUCUUAAGAUUAUUGUAGAAACACAGAGAUUCUGUGAUUCUCCCACAACGACCUCAAAAAGAAAAUAAUCCUAAAUUUUACUUUAAUUCGUCACACGGGAGAAAUGGGGCUUUUCUGGGGCUUUGGUUUAUAGUCGGGAGUCAGUUUUGUCCUGGCUCAUUUAGACCUGGUUUAGACCUGGUUUAGACCUGGUUUAGACCUGGUUUAGACCUGGUUUAGACCUGGUUUAGACCUGGUUUAGACCUGGUUAAAAUCCACUUUCUGAUUUCAGUUCAUUUAAGGUGACACUUCUUAGUCCCACACACAUUUCUUUAACAGACUUAUUAAAUCAAACUUUCUAAUUUGCAGAUUCUAUUUUUUUGUUGCUCAGUGACAAAAACAGGUUCAUUUGGAGCAGAGAUGACUUAAAUCAGCCGUUACUUCUAAAAUCAUAUAAUCAUGUGUUCAGUGGUUCUGUUGUGGCGUCUAAUUCUUCUUUUUUUAAAAUGGAGUCCUGACAUCCCCAGUCCUGAUGGAGUGAGGCAUGCUGGGUAAUUGAGUUCAAACCAGACCAAAAGUCGUCCGGCGGGGCGGGGUUUAUGACGACAGGGUGGAGAGGACUGAAUGAAAAAUCAUUUGGAUCCAAAAGGAAAGGAUUGCGUGUGUUUUUCUUUUGUUGUUUAGGCUCAGUUCAAGCUUUUAGACUUUAGUGCAUUUUUUAGUAUAAAUCCAGAUGAAGUACAAAGUCACAGCCCUGUCUAAAAUACAUCGUCUUACUGUCUCAUAAUUUUACUUUUUAUGUUUAAAAUUUCCUACUCAAUUCAGUUCGUAUCUCCCAAUCUUUAUAAUAAUUUAAAUAUUUUUGAAAAGACAUUUGUAAAAUCAGGUUUAUUCUUACAUUGAAAUUGUCGACCAAACUCAAAACUAGAGAUUUGUCGUCUCAUGUGAUGGGACGAUGUUUAAACUUAUUGAACUGUGGCAUUUUUUGGCUAAAAGAUGCUGCUUUGAAAACUUAAAGCCAGACUUAGAUAAAAGUGAAGUGUUUUUAAAAUUUAAGCACCUUCUUGUAUUCUCCUUCAGCCCUCGCCCUUCCACUGAGCUGGUCCGUCAUCAAACUGACCACAUUUAUUUGACGAGCACUGUACCUCUGUAGUAGUUUAACGACACUGUAUCUUUAGUUUAAUGCAUCACUUUCUUUGUUUAUUAAAGGAUUUGUGCCCUUGUGAUUCAGACGCUCUGUAAACCACUUUAUUAUCAGUUUAACUCAGAAAUUCAAAUUGUUUUUUUCGUAAACUGUAUUUUUUAUUUGCUGUGACGAUGAUGGAACCGAUUCAAACUCCACAUUCUACAAAACGCCAACAAAACAUCACACAACUGUUUAUUUUUCCUUUUUUAACAUUGACAAAGUUUAAUCUUCCAGGUUUAUGUCCCACACUAGACCUGGUUUAGUUCUGACUUUGUUUAGUCCUGAUUUAAUCCAGUUUAGUCCCAGAUUAGAACCAGUUUUAUGUGAAAGGUCAAGUGUAAACGUGACCUAAUUCAUAUAAACGAUAUUAAAAAGUACUUUCCCAAAAGGCUGAACUUUACAGUAGAUUUAAAUAAACACGUGCCACUGUGGACGAGUUCUUGUAAAAAGUUCAAUAAUAAUCCUACACUUUUCUUUUUUCAUUUUUAAAGUUUAAUCUAUGAAUCACUUUGUAUUCUUGUUUCUGACAGCAGGGGGCAGCAGUGUUUUGACUUUGAAACCAUUUUAAGAGCACAUGGUUCAUAUUUUUAUCAUUUCAAAGGCACUUAGCUUUUUUGCUUCAUAUUUUUGGGCCCAGUUUCUCUCGUUUUCGCCCUCGUUUCUUUUUCCACAUGAAUCGUGCUUUUUAUUAUUUUUAUUGCUGUCAAGGGCCAAUUUGUAUCCAUAUGAAUUUAUCAAUAUACAUAUUUUUAAAGCAUUUUUGUAUGUCCCAAAGCUGCUUUUUAACGUGUGUGUAUACUGGACGAGUUUGGUGUUGUGUGUGUGCAGCCUAAACAUUAACGAGGCACAAUGUUGUAAACCAUGUCAUUUUUGGCUGUUUUUUCACAUUCUCAAUCACUUUAGCAUGUUUUUUUUUUUUUAGGUUUGUAUGUGUUAAAUCCUUUUUGUGCAGAAAAAUACUGUCUCAUUCUCAAAUAUUUGGGGCAGAAAGAUGUAAACGACCAACUGUGUACUCUAUUCAGAAUGGAUCAACAUUUUAGCAGUAAGGAAGCUUCUCUGGUGCCUUACAAAUAAACGACGUGAUUGAGAG